AUGUCAAUGGAAUCAGCCGGUUUCGAUGGUUCAGUCUCUCCUCGCACAGCUCCAGUACUAAAUACAAGUUCUCACAACUCUCACCUGUUGACGCUCCGGAUGUUCCCCACAGAGCUCAGAGAAAUCAUCUUCAAGCAUGCUCUACUAUUGAUACCGCCAGCGCCCAGGGCAACCCACUUCGAAUAUUGUACAGUAUCAGUACAGGACCCUGCCCCGACACCCACCCUUUUGGUAGCCCUUCGUGGUGACGCAGAAUUAUACCACGAAGCACUACGCGCUUAUUACGGAGUAAACACCUUUACAGUCACCAACACAUCUUAUGUCUACCGUCUUGAGCUCAAGCCGUCUACUAUAGCAUAUAUUCAACACAUAAGGGUGUUGUAUUACUCGGGUAUGAUUGACAAAAGACCCGACCUGGAGGCGCAUGAGGGCAGCAAGCUUACCUCCUCAGUACUGUGGAAGCUCGUAUUUGCAAGAAGUCUUCGGACUCUCCAUUUUACGAUCUUUACAAACGAGCGAUGGAUCAUAUUGUUUUUAAGAUAUUUCCUAAAAACGCCUCGACUGCUACGGAAACUUAGCUUGCAUUAUCCCAAGUGUGCGCUGUUGUUGUCAGAAACCAUGGACACAAUGAACAGUCUCUUUACUAACAGCAAAGGGAAGUUAGAGACGAUUUCAUCCAAAGGCGACAAAAAUCUGGUCACAGCAUCUGAGGAUUGGUUCUGGGAAGGUGACAACGGAGGGGUUUUACAAUUGGCUCAGAAAAUUGAGGAGUAG